UUCGCAGUUGUUGCAUGUCGUGAGCUAGAUGUCGUUGUGAAGCUUGAAGUUCAGUCGAUCGGUCAUUUUUCUGCAGCUGGCUUUGGCUGUUUUAGAUUUCAAACAUGGAAGAAAGUGGUGCUGGACUUGGCGCGAUGGAAGAGAGCACGGAAGACCCUGUAACCGAGCUGAUGACACCUUGCGAGGAGACCCUUCACCCAGAGGAGAAGGCGAGACUGAUGAAGCUGCUGAACGAGAGACAAGGAACGGCUAAAAUCAAGACGGAUUUCAUCGAUUUUGACAAGAUCCAUUUGAAGUAUGGCCCUAUGAGCUCCGAUAAACCCCCUCAAAAUGGCGACAGAGCCAACAGCGAUGUUUCCAGACAAGAAGCGGACAGAAAGGAACCGCCGCAGAAGAAACUCAAGAAGACGAGAGGGAUGAACCACAGCCGGCCUCGGAAUAAGUGGGUGCCCGUCUCGGAAAAGCUCUGCCCGGCGAUCAUGGGCGGCGAGGUGUGCAGUUACGGCGAGAAGUGCAACUACUCGCACGACAUCGCAGCGAUGGGCGCCGCCCGACAGCCAGACAUCGGAGAUCGCUGUUACAAUUUUGAGAUGUUCGGCAAAUGCCGUCACGGCGUGGUGUGCCGAUUCGGGGGCUCGCAUAUUACGGAGGACUUCCAGAACGUUGUGGACAAAGAGAAGGUUAAGGCGAACGCCGGCAAGUCGAUCACGGUGAACAACCUGCCGGUCGAUCUGAAAACCCGGCUCCGAAAGAAAAAAGAAAAGUUUGAAAAUGCGGACAGGUUCUUGUCCCAGUUGGGGACAAAGAAGAAACCUUCGAAGCAGAGUGAUGGUUCUAAAAGUUUGAAUACUGUGCCAAAAGCAGCUGGCGACAUUUCGGUGUCCUCGGACCCAACCAAGCUUUCUACAUCUGAUGAAGUCAAUCAGAGGGACAUGAAUAUUCAACAAGAGGAGACCGCCAAUCCGAAUCAGGUAUCAGAAAGUGGGAGUGUCCUGAUAGAUGCUUCCACCAAUCAGGGAACAGAUGUCGCUGCUCACACCUUGAAGUCUCCACAGGCAUCAUCCAGUCAAAGCGGAGACGGUGUUUCCAUGGCAACACAGCAACCAGCCUCAGGCACGGUAACAGACCAAGAUGUCAUAAAAAUAAGGAAACGUGAGAAGAAGCAGUUGAACGUGGAAGGAAAAUCCUACUUGGCGCCCUUGACAACGGUUGGUAACCUUCCGUUCCGGCGCGUCUGUAAACGUCUAGGUGCGGACAUUACGUGUGGCGAGAUGGCAAUGUCUAUCAAUCUGCUGCAGGGCCAACCGUCCGAAUGGGCCCUGCUCAAGAGACACUCCUCCGAAGAUUGUUUUGGGGUUCAGCUUGCUGGCUACUUUCCAGACACCAUCACCAAAUGUGCCGAGAUGAUCAACACGUACUGCGAUGUGGAUUUUGUGGAUCUCAACGUAGGCUGCCCAAUCGAUCUGGUUUAUCAGAAGGGAGGCGGAAGUGCGCUGAUGAGCAGGGCGGGCAAGUUUGAAGACAUUGUCCGAGGCAUGGAUGCAGUUUUGGAUGUCCCUGUGACGGUGAAGAUGCGUACUGGCAUAUCGGAGAAACACAACAUCGCCCACAAACUCAUUCCAAAGAUAUAUGACUGGGGGGCUUCCCUUGUCACGUUACACGGCCGCAGUCGUGAGCAGCGCUACACCAGAACGGCAGACUGGAGUUACAUCCGGGAGUGUGUUGAGAUUGCUAAGCCCCACCCCCUCAUAGGAAAUGGAGACAUCCUCUCGUUUGAAGAUGUGACAGCCCACUUAGAGAAUUCCGGUGCUGCUGGAGUUAUGAUCGCAAGAGGAGCACUGAUCAAACCGUGGGUCUUCACUGAGAUCAAAGAACAGAGACAUUGGGAUAUUUCAGCCAAUGAGAGACUCGGCAUCCUCAGGGAUUACACCAAUUACGGCCUUGAACACUGGGGCUCAGACACUGAGGGAGUUGAGAAGACGCGCCGUUUUCUCCUGGAGUGGCUGUCGUUUCUCCACCGUUACAUCCCGGUCGGCAUUCUAGAACGACUGCCCCAGAAGAUUCAGCAGCGGCCGCCGUACUACAUGGGACGCAACGACCUGGAGACGCUCAUGUCUAGUACAAACUGUGCUGACUGGGUCAAGAUAAGUGAGAUGCUGCUCGGUCCGGUUCCCGAUAGCUUCCAGUUCCUGCCCAAGCACAAAGCCAACUCCUACAGUUAGUGGGGGUCAAGGAACCAGUCUACUGAAAAUGCAAUCUUUACUCUUCCUCUCAUUGUUGGGUGAUGCUGUGCCAGUUUCCUGUUUUGUUCCAAUUUUCUUCUUCUUUUUUCUUUCUUUUUUGUUGUAUUUCAGAUGGAAUUGAGACAAUUUAUUCAUAUUUAAUUAAUGUAAAUAAUAUGUUGGCAUUACACAGUCACCAAUGCAGCCUGAUUUCGUAAAAAAAAAGGGAGUAUGAAAAUAAUAUAUUUCAUUACAUCUGAGUGCUCAAUAGAUUGUUAUACAUUUAAGUUUUUUUGAUUGAACUAGUGCAUUGAACAAGAUGUAUGAGGCAAAAUGUUUCUGGUCUUGAAGUUAUUAAGAAACCACUUUUUUUUGGUGACAGCGCCUCAUUUUCGGUGGUAUCCAUGACGAAAAUACAAGUUUAUUUACUAUUACACCAGGAUGCUGAGUUUGGUUUAGUUACAUAACUUUGUUAAAAUUCAUUUGAUUGUUUGCAGGCAUUUGAGUUAAAGGUAAAAAAAAACACAGAGAUGCCACUUUUCAGGUUUUAACCUGAAUUCAGGGGGUUUUUUUCAAAAAUGUGACAAAUUAAAAGUGCUGGAUUUGGUGCUGAAACAUCCAGAAAACACAUUUUCGAAAGGGGUAAGGGUGGUUUCAAGUUUUUUAGUAGCAUUUCAGGCUUUAUAUUGGUGGCAUCUCUGAUAAAAGUAUGGUUUCAGAGAAAUCUGCAAAAGUGCAGUUGAGCAAUAAAAGUCUGUUCAUUUUUUAAAUGAAUAAACCGAAAAUG